CCGAGACCAAAACCGCCCUUCCUUCCAUCGACGAUGCUUGGCAUUCAACAAAAACACAUCAAACAGUCCAAAACACCACGAUCGAAGAAGCAAUGGACAUCAACAUGGACACCCGGAAGCAGCCAAGCCAGAAGCUCAUCUUAUCAUCAAGACGCUAUCAAGGGGCGCUCUUGGCCCGUGCACAGUGACGUCCACGUUCACCUCACGUUCCUGGUGCCAAGCGCACACGCCAAGCUUUUCUGUCCCUACGCAAGGAACAAGUCUGGCUGAGCUGUCGCGUGUCCCAAUCGAUUUGCUGCCGCUGUUCUUAAAAUCGCGCUUGUUCCCCUUCUCUUGUCCCUCAUGUUGCUGGUAGUCCAGUGACUGAAAGACUAGCAGAAAUCAUGUCAGACAACACGACAGAGAGCAUCCUCGUCCCCUUCUUGGGGGCUUUCCAAGCUUCCUUAUCAGUGCUGCUCACCAUAUCCGCCGGUGUCAUUGCCGCCCAGUAUGGCCUCCUCGACGACCGCAGCAGCAAGAAGAUUUCAACCUUUUGCGUCCGGAUGGCUCUUCCUGCUCUCCUGAUUACGAACGUUGGAUCGCAGCUUGACUUGGAGACUGGAAUCCGAUACGUCCCCAUCAUCAUCUGGGCCAUGUUUUACACCACAGUGUCAAUUGGCAUCGGCUUCGUCCUGACAAAGGUCUUUGGCAUGCCCGACUGGGUCAUCCCGGCCAUUGCCUUCAAUAACACCACCAGUCUGCCCCUCUUGCUCGUGCAAUCCCUAGACGCCACCGGAAUCCUUAGCUCCAUCGAUGACAGCUCUGGCGUCGUCACCAAGGCCAAGAGCUACUUCUUGGUCAAUGCCAUGAUUGGCAACUCCCUUACAUUUGCUCUGGGGCCGAAACUACUCAAUGGCCAGGAAGAGGAAGUCCCUGACAAGGGCGAGGGUGACGAUAACGACGACGACAACGAGAGCAACGGCGAAGAAGACAUCGAGUCACAAGAGCAGGACGCCGUCGAGCACAACGAGCAGACCUCACUGCUCCCAAAUCGCACCGUAACCAGAAUUACCCGCACAAAGUACAGCGUCUACGGCAAAGGCAACAAAUACUGGUCCAACAUAUCCCCAACAACCCGCACGGCCCUCGAGUUCAUGUAUAGUUUCGUCAAUGCUCCUGUAAUCGGUGCUCUCAUCGGCGCUCUCCUCGGUCUCGUCCCCGCCCUCCACCGCCUCUUCUUCAACGAGCCCGAGGAGGGCGGCUACUUCAACGCCUGGCUCACCUCCUCGGUCAAGAACGUCGGCGAGCUCUUUGCCGUACUGCAAGUCAUCGUCGUGGGCGUGAAGCUGUCCAAGGCGAUCUUGCAGUACAAGAACGGGGAGGACUCGAAGGAGAGCCAGGUUCCUGUCGUGCCGUUCCUGGCUGUCACGUUUGUCAGGUUCAUUCUCUGGCCCGUCAUCUCGAUUGGCGUCAUUUAUCUCUUGGCUAGCAGGACAGAGCUGCUGACCAAGGAUGCGCUAUUGUGGUUCUGUCUGAUGCUUAUGCCGACUGGACCUCCCGCGAUGAAGCUAUCUGCGCUGGCGGAUGUUGAUGGGUCUGAGGAUUCUUUGAAGAUGUUGAUUGCCAAGUUUUUGACUAUGUCUUAUAUCGUAUCACCUUUGAUCUGCUUCACGGUGGUCGGUGCUCUAAAAGCUAGCGAGGCCAUCGUUGCCAAGUAGAUACUUGGUCUUUGGCUUUCCUAAUCGAUUGGGAUAGAUCCCAAGGCCCUAGGUAUACCGUACUAUCUAUAUCUAAAUAGCCAUCUAUAAUUGGAUUACAUGCACUCUUGCUUCGUCUA